GUUCUUACUGCUUUCAUUAAACUGAUCACUUGAUGUUAGAUCACUAGUUCAUCACCUAGUUAACCGCUUAGGAUGAUAACUUGACAUGUAAUUGAAUGAGCUUAGUAUCCCUAAUCAGCGAAAGUAGAUAUUAGGGUGGUAAGUGAACUGAUCGGACCUGUUCUCUAAAGCUUGCAAUCGAUCCUCAUCCCAACGACAGUUAGGUGGUGAGAUCGAUCUGCAAAGCGAUCACUGCCACGACAGUGGAGUGUUCCAGCUUAGUGAUCCGAGUUCUAGAAAGCACUUCAUCGCGCUUGAAUAAUUGUUUGGCUCCAAUUCAACACCCAAUGAAAUACCCUAGGCUAGCUCUUGUUUAAUUGAAUCAAUCUCGUGUUUAUUUUGCUUGUUUACUAUCGCCUAUUUCAACCAAAUCAUAUCUUCUUCUUAGCUUGAUUCUGAAACUUAUAGAACUAGAGUGUAGACUGGUCCUCUGGAUUUGAAUCUCAAGUACUACAAUUGCAACUGUUAACUUGGCAGUAGCAAGGAUUCAUUUUUAGUGUAUCAACUAUGCAAGCAGAGCCGCCUAGAUGAGGCUACACAAAUGUUUGAUUCGAUGGGUAGCAAGAGCUUCUCUCCAAACGUAGUGACCUUUACUACACUCAUUAAUGGCUACUGUAAGGCAGGAAGGGUUGAUGAUGGGCUGGAGCUUUUCUGCGAGAUGGGUCGAAGAGGGAUAGUUGCUAAUGCAAUUACUUACAUCACUUUGAUUCAUGGUUUUCGUGAAGUGGGUAAUAUUAAUGGGGCUCUAGACAUUUUCCAGGAGAUGAUUUCAAGGGGUGUGUAUCAUGAUACCAUUACCAUCUGCAAUAUGCUGACUGGUUUAUGGAGUAAAGAGGAACUAAAAAGGGCACUGGCAAUGCUUGAGGAUCUGCAGAUGAGUAUGGAUCAUCAUUUGGGGGAUGAGUGAUCGACGAUUCUCUACUGUUUGCAGCAGAGCUUCAAUGUCAUUUUGUUUUUGCUGCUGGUCAUGUAUACCCUACUAAUGUUUGAUCAAAUCGUUGAUAUAGGGAAAAUUGUGUGGUCAGUGAGCUGUUUUGCUGCUAUUCUAUUGAACUGCCUUUUAUGCGUCUAUUGUCUGAGUUUAAUAAAUUUAACCAUUUCCAAUUAAGUUAUAUACACUUGUUCACGCAAUAUUAUUGGUCUGAACCAGUGUUUUGAAACCCGA